UUAAGGACAGACAAGAAAAUUAACAGUCAGGAAAAUGACAGAUAAAUUACGCAGAUAUGAGAAAAUUGAUUUUCUGGGAGAAGGACAGUUCGCUACUGUUUACAAAGCUAAAGAUAUCGAAACGUCUAAAAUUGUCGCUGUAAAAAAGAUUAAAGUUGGAAGUCGCGCAGAAGCUAGGGAUGGGAUAAACAGGACGGCUUUGAGAGAAAUCAAAUUGUUGCAAGAAUUAAAACACGAUAAUGUGAUUGGUUUGUUAGAUGUUUUUGGCCACAAGUCGAAUGUGUCUCUGGUGUUCGACUUUAUGGACACAGAUUUGGAAGUAAUAAUAAAGGAUAGUAAUAUCGUAUUAACUUCUGCAAACAUUAAAGCAUAUAUGAUUCAAACUCUGCAAGGUCUAGACUAUUUGCACUACAACUGGAUACUUCACAGAGAUUUGAAACCAAAUAAUUUACUAGUGAAUGCAGAAGGUGUCUUGAAGAUUGGUGAUUUUGGUCUAGCUAAGUUUUUUGGAUCUCCAAAUAGAAUAAACACACAUCAAGUGGUGACAAGAUGGUACAGGUCGCCUGAAUUAUUAUAUGGAGCAAGGCUCUAUGGAACUGGAAUAGAUAUGUGGGCAGUUGGCUGUAUAUUAGCAGAACUUCUAUUAAGAGUACCAUUUUUACCUGGAGAAUCUGAUUUAGAUCAGCUAACUAGAAUAUUCCAGACCUUAGGUACACCCACAGAGGAAACAUGGCCUGGAAUGACUGAACUUCCAGAUUUUAUUCAGUUCAAACCAUUCCCUGGAACACCAUUGAAACAUAUAUUCACUGCAGUUGGUGAUGAUCUCUUAGAUUUAAUUGCUAGUCUCUUAAAUGUGAAUCCUUUAGAAAGAUGUACAUGCGAUCAAGCUCUUCAAAUGCCAUACUUCAACAACAAACCAGCACCAACUCCUGGACCCAGGUUACCCCUUCCUACAUCUGUGAAACGUCAACCAGAGGAAAAGCCUAAUCUAAAAAGAAAACUACUGGAAUCAAUGGAUGGUGCGUCGCUUGCGAAAAGAUUACAGUUUUAA